GAAGCUUCAAAUUGUGCUUCAGUCUGUCAUUGAUAAUGGGAUUAAUGUUAAGGUAAAAAUUAAGCAGCAAAAGAGACCCAGAAAGUGGGAAGUCCACCAUUAGCAUGGACGUAUGAAGAACAUGAGGCUGCACUUUUGAUAUCAAAAUGGCAAGCUCAAGUGAGAGUGAACGCAAGGAACCGGUGAAUGAGCAAAUGGUUGCGAACAUGUAUGGUGCUUUAAGGUCUGAACUCAAUCAGAUAUACUCAAAAAUCACAGAACUCGAAAUGGAAGUCAGUGAGCACUCUCUGGUUAUUUCUGCAAUUGAGCCACUUGACCCAUCAAGAAGAUGCUACAGAAUGAUCGGUGGAGUGCUGGUGGAAAGAACAAUCAAAGAGGUCCUGCCUGCUGUUCGACGCAACAAAGAGGGACUCGAGGAGGUCAUUUCUAGACUCAAUGAGGCCUUGGAGAAGAAGAAGAAGGAGAUUUCUGACUUGGAGACCAAAUACAAGAUCAGGAUUAGAAAGCCUGAUGGUGAGGCUAAGGAAGAAGACAGUGGGCGGAAAGAAGGUGCAGCCCAGGGAGUCUUAGUUGGCCCUGCAGGUGAAAGUUAAACUCUCAACCCCAUGAUGAACUUUUAUCAUAUUCUUGUAGUGCUGAACUUUUAGUUUCAUCUUGAUGGUUCACUGUUAUAAGCCAGUUUGUGUGAAGUUUUGUUUUGACAACUUUCAGUUCAAUAGGAAGAUUUCCAGGACUUGUAUGGUAUAGAUGAUUUUGACGGGAAAAAGUUGAAUGGGAACCGACUUUUCAUCGUUUUGAUGUGGAAAAA